AUGAGAUAUGCGCAACUUUCUACAUAUUGUUCUGCUAUCCAACAACAUGCAGUAAAUGAAGGAAAAGUAAUAGAGGUAGUAAAUUUAGACCCAGCAGCAGAAUAUUUCAAUUAUGAACCUCUAGUAGAUAUAAGAGAAUUAAUUCAGUUAGAUGAUGCUAUGGAAGAUGAUGAAUUACAUUUUGGACCUAAUGGUGGUCUUGUAUUCUGUAUGGAGUACUUGUUAGAAAACUCAUUGUGGUUAGAGGAGAAGUUAGGCGAUGUGGAUGAUGAUUACAUUAUUUUUGACUGUCCAGGUCAAAUAGAACUAUAUACACAUAUGACAGUUAUUCGUCAAUUAAUAACAAUAUUACAAAAUCUCAAUUUUCGUAUAUGUGGAAUAUUUUUAGUAGACAGCCAAUUCAUGGUUGAUGGGUCAAAAUUUUUGUCAGGCACAAUGGCUGCACUCAGUGUAAUGAUCAAUUUAGAACUACCACAUAUUAAUAUUCUUAGUAAAAUGGAUUUAUUGUCAAAAAAUGCAAGAAAGCAAUUAGACAAGUUUUUAGAACCUGAUCCACAUAGUUUAUUGGCAGACAUGGAAAAAGAUUCUUGGAAUGAGAAAUACAGGAAUCUAACUGAAGCUAUAGGAAAGCUUAUAGAGGAUUAUAGCUUAGUACGUUUUUAUCCACUAAAUAUAAAAGAUGAAGAAAGCAUUGCAGAUAUUAAACUGACAAUUGACAAUAUUAUUCAAUAUGGAGAGGAUGCUGAUGUUAGGGUUAGAGAUUUUGAUGAACCCGUCGAGGAUGAUAAAGAUGAAAAUUAUGAUGUAAAAUCAUGA